UUAUGGAUUUGUUUGCCCUGACGUCAUCGGACGGCCAUAUUUUGCUGAGAGAGGGUAAACGUCGAAGUUUGUUGUCACCUCAUACAAAUAUAUUGUCCUGAGACAAGAUGGGACGGUCACGGAGCAGGAGUCGAUCAGCAAGUAGAGUAAGUAAGUCUACCUCAAAACAUCGCAGUAAGCACAAGAAGAGGAGAACCAGAUCAAGAUCGACUUCUCGUGACAAAAACCACAGACACAGUCGAGUUCGUUCACGAUCAAGAGACAGAGAAAGGAAACGCAGGCACCGUUCUCUGUCAUCUAGCAGUUCAAGUAGUGAUGAUGAUUUAAUAUUAAGAGCAAAACGCAGGGAAGAAGAAGAGAAGAAAUUAGAACUAGAACGGCAGCGACUUCAGAAACAAAAGGAACUUGAGGAGAAGUUGAUAGAGGAGGAAGUUGCUCGACGUGUUGAGGAACUGGUUGCGAAGCGAGUCGCUGAGGAACUUGAAAAACGUAAAGAUGAGAUUGAGGCUGAGGUCAAACGUCGUGUUGAAGAAGCGAAACAAAUCAUGGAGAAACAGAUGUUACAGGAGUUAGAACAACAAAGGGCAGCUGAAAUAGAGUCUCAAAAACGGAAGGAGGAGGAGGAGAGACAGAAACGGUUAGAGUUGGAGAGGAUAAUGUUAGAAAACAACAAAAAAAUCGAAGAAGCUCAGCGGAAAUUGGCUGAGGAACAAUUAAAACUAGUAGAAGAUCAGCGUAAAAUGCUGGAAGAAAAACAGCAACUUGAAGACAAAAGACGCCACGAAACAAAACGUGAGCAAGAAGUGAUUCUCAACAAGAAAAAUGCACGACCCAAAUUGUCUUUUAGUAUCGGAGGCAGAUGAUCAUUGCUGUGUGUUUAUAAAUGGGAAUUAAAUCUUACCAAUUCUGCAAGCGUACAAGAUAAGUGUCAAGAUAAGUGGUUUGCCAAAGUCGGUUUCAUUUAUUUUACACGAAAAGUCACGGUGCAUCCAGCUGUGACUGCUUAUCCAUAGGGCAGUAUUACUUGUGAUGAGUAUUCAUUAUACAUCAGUCAAAGGCUGUAUUUAUAUUAUGAUUCUUUAAAAAGCAAGUAGUGAAUGUCAGUUAGUAGUAUAUAAAUGUGAAAUGUUUCGCGGAAUGUGAAGGAAUUAAUAAUGGUUCAGUCAUUAAUUGGAUAUCAGCUGAGCUGUUAAAAAAUGAUACGAAAGAAUUGAAUGGAUACAGAUGUGUGCUAUGCGUUUUUGUAAAAAUGUGCCGAAUUUGGAAGAAAUGCAACAGACAUGACUGAAAAGUGAAUCUCUGUAGAAUGUUUGCACCUUGUACUUGUCAGGGACGCUUGAAUCAUAUUUCAAGUUCCUAUAACACCUUUGCUCAGGAUUUUUGGGUAAUUUUGUUAUGAAUAAGACUCUUCAGGGAAACAUCUAUUUUAUUGAAACUUAGAAAUAUCCUGUUGAUUCGUAUUUUUUUUCCAGUUAUCAGUUGAAUGAGGCAAAUUAGUUUUUAUUCUCGCAACAUGUCAAUCAAAAUGCUUAACAUAUAUUAGAAAUGGGUUAAAUUGUCUUCAAACUAAAUGCUGACAAUCUCGAUAAGUUGGUAGUUUUCACUAAAGUAACUAUGACUGAUUUUUGUAGAUUUUUCUGAAUAAUUGUAAUUCAAUGCAUUUAUUUUACAUGAUUUAAUUGAUAGAAAUUUAUAGUGAUUUCUAGACUUUAAGGCAUUAUCUAAGAAAAAAUAACAUGACAUUUUCAUAGUCACCUUGCCAGGUUACAGGUGAUUAUUUUCUUUCUGUGUAUGUGGGCUGUAAGUCUUCAUACAUUAUACAUACAUAUACAUAGAUUAAAGUUAAGCAACCUUUUGAUUUUUUGGCUGUGAAAUAGAAAAUUUUCAAUGCUCAAAAUCACAUGGAUGCAUAACUUUUUUCUAUGUGUACAUCUGUUUAUCUAAAUGAACUAGUCUAUUUUAGAGGUAAGUAGUUUAGUAUUUAAGUUUAUUACUUUUUCCCAUUGCCUGAAUGCCAGAAAUAAUUAUUAUGGCAAAUAAGCACUUUUUCUGAAAGAAAUUAUCCAAAUAUGCUAGCAUUCUGAGAUUUAUGAAAAAUAUUACCAUUGAAUUUGACACUUAAAUAUUUACCCAGUCUGAGUGACAAAGUAUAGAUACCCAUGUUAUUACUAAUAAUAUACAGUCCUGCACUAGAGGUUUUAAAUAUCUUAUAACAAUGUUAUAUAUCAUGUAUUAUUUCAUCUACAAGAGUUUAUGUAUUAUUUUCAUUGUGCUACAUUUUUGUAAGGAGUCUAGAAAUUUUAAUAUUUGCAUGUUUGUCAGAGUAUAUGAUUAUUAUAUUUGUGUAAAGACCAUUUCUUAGCACUCCAGAUAUACCAAAUUUGAAUCAAAAAUAUAUUGAGAAAAUACUGACUGGUACUUGUGUAGUUUCCACAAAAUAUUUUUUAAUCUAAGUCACUUCAGAGUUUUGUAUAGUAAACAUAUAUUAUAAGACUGGAAGUAAAUCUGUAUUCUUUGACAAUGAAGAGAAGAUAAAGUCCUUGAAAAGUUGUGCUUAUGCAACCCAACUUGUCUGAAUUUCUCUGCUUUUGACUGGUCAUUUCUAUUUGCUUUGAUCGAAACAAGUCAAAAAUAAAAAAAAAAUCCAUUACAUAAAAGCAGAGUGGUAACCGUUAAAAAUUUGCAUAUAUUUAUAUAUCAAUAUAAAAAUUGUUAAUGAAAUUUAUUGAUUAUCUUUUAGACCUCAUAUCUGGAGUGCUAGUUUUAUGAUUUUAUGUAAUACAUGUUCUUUCAGGAGUGGUAAGUAUGAAAUGUAAGAAAAAAUGGAUGUAAGAAGUCAGUAUGUGUUCAUAAUGAUAGAAAUUCUAUGUAUAUUAGAGUUUCAUUGAUGUUGAUAAUUUUGUUAAAUAUUAUGCAUCCGGAGGGCACAUUUAUUUUAGUCUGUGACAAAACUUUUUAACCCUGACCAUUACAAGGAAGUCCCAUCAACUUAAGCCUCCAAAUUCCUUAAGUGCAUGCACCUUGAUAAGCACUAUUGGCCACACCCACUUGGAGGACACAGGGUCAAGGCCACCCCUGGGGGCAAGCCAUUCAUUCAAACCUAGCAUUUGUUGUUAACAUUUUCUGGGUUUUAUUAUGUUCUGAAUGAACUCAAAAUUAAGCGUAUGAUUGAAAUCUUCAAAAUUCAUCAAUUAUUGCUUAAUAUUAUUUUUAAUGUGGAAUAAGUCUCAAAUUGAGACAGAUUUUUCAUUAUUUGCUCAAUUUUAUGAGCACGGUUAUUCAUUUUCUGCUGUUUUUUAACAGACUAGGUUUUAAAUUAUAGUUUAGAAAACAGUUAAUUUCUAAGAUUAGAGUUGGGUUAAUCAACUUGCAUCUUAUUGAAAAGAAAAUAUUGCAAACUCUUUAAGGCUUUUACAGGGCUUCCACUAAGUUUAAAUUUGGAAAUCAGAGACUCCAAAACGUCUGACAUUAGAAGUCACAUCUUAUAUGUAAAGAAAGAAAAGCAUAAUAGUUUGGAAGUCACAAACCAGAUCAAAAAGUAAAAGACUCUCAAACUUCCAUUAACGGAAGCCCUGCUUUUAGAAGUAUAAAAUCUUGAUUGUUUUGGUUAGUUAUAACUUAUUGAUUGAAUUUUUUAUUUGCACAAAACAGCAUAGUAUCUUAGUUACAAGUCCCCCCCCCCCCUUGAGUUUCCUGUUUUUCCAUACUUUUAUUUGACAGGAACUUUAUUUACAUUAACCAUUUAACAUGAUUGACAAGACUAAAUAUUUUUGUUAUUGUUACUAUAAAAAUACCAGGAAAUGAAAUAAAAAAUAUUUAAAUUGCA